AUUAAUUUAUAAGGUCUAUCAAAAAUAUGGGUCUUAAAUUUACGAAAGCCAGAACACCAGCGGUGAAGGUGUAAAGAAUCUAUCUACCUCUUGGUAGCACCUGAUUCUCGCUCGAUCAAUAUGAACCUUCAAGUACAGAAGAACACCCUUUACGUAGGUGGGUUGGCGGAGGAGGUAAAUGAGGCGAUCCUGCACGCAGCGUUCAUUCCCUUCGGUGACAUAAAGGACGUGAAGACGCCGCUGGAUCAGGCAACUCAGAAGCAUCGGUCCUUUGGUUUUGUUACCUUCCUGGAACGUGAGGACGCCGUCGCCGCAAUGGACAACAUGGAUGGGGCCGAGCUUUAUGGUCGCGUCCUUACCGUGAACUACGCCCUCCCCGACCGCAUCAAGGGAGGAGAGCAAGGGUGGGCCGCCCAACCCAUUUGGGCGGAUGCGGACACCUGGUUUGAGAGGCAACAGCAGGAACAAGAGAUGCAGCGUCUGCAAGCAGAGCAACGGGCAGCAAUGCAAGUUGCUGAGGAAUUGCACAGAAAGAAAAUGGCUGAAGAGCGACAGGGGGAGAAGGAAGAGGAUGCUGAAAUUAAAUCUGACCCUAUGGCUGUGGCUGAAGCGGAGAUUUUAAGCCAAACUACCUAAAAUAUUCAGUUUUUUAGUAUAUGUUGUGGAAUCACAUAAAUUGUAGAAGGCGCAAGAAUGAAAAAAAUUAAUCUUUCAUCUUCUUUUUGUGCUGUUGUACUUCAAAAAUUGUUUACUUUGUUGAAUUCCGGUCUCUUCGCUGCUCAACUUUUCAGCUGAAUUACACUUGAUUGAUUCUCAUCCUCA